AUGAAGAUCACUUCUGAGAAAGGAAAUCAACUAGCUUGGAUCAAUAAUACUAUAAAUGUAAAUCAAGAAAACAUCUUUGAACCAGAAAAAAUACAAUACCAUAUUUAUAACCUGUGGGUACCUGCCGCAAAUCUAGCAGAUAAAAUCAUUAUAAAUAGAUAUGAUGCUCUUCCAGGAAUCGGUCAUACUUGCGGUCACAAUCUAAUUGCGAUCGGUGGUGCAAUUGCGUUAAAGGCCAUAUUUGAAAAACAUGAAAUUCCUGGAAAAGUAAAAUUAUUUGGAAGAAAAUGGAGGUGGAAAAUUGAAUUAAUCAAAAUAGGUGCUUAUGAUGAUGAUGAUGAUGUAGGUGUUUCUUUAAUGAUUUAUCCUAGCCCUUUAGAUGGAAGUUUUUUAAAUUGCAAUAAGCCAUGGGAAAGAAUUAACGCAUUGAAUGCUAUGGUUUGGCUUAUAAUAAUAAUGGAUUAUUAA